GAGAAUAAUGUUGAUAACACGGUUUUGGGCGGUUGCUGAGCAGCCAAGGCCAUUCCGGCUUCUCCAAGGGGAUAAUAUUCCAUAGCGGGCAGGCACGGACCUCGAUCUCCGUAUAUUAAUUAGCGUAAUUAACUGGGAAGGGGACUUGGUUGGGGGCCAGGAACGCGGCGCCGGGGGGCGGGCGGGGGGGGAAUUGGCCGAGGAGCGUCGCUUUGGGGCGGGUUGUCCCCAUGGAGGUGACGGCCAUGGAGGACGCUGCUGCGCCCCUCGUCCCGCUCCCCACAGCCGGCGCUGGGGACAGCGCGAAGAGGAACGGGGACAGCGCGGUGCCACCGGAUUUGGGAUCCAUCCAGGAGGAGAAACGGCAGCAGGAUGCUCCUCAGCAGGAGGAGGAGGAACUGGUGGAACCCCCAACUUCCAGCCAGCAGCUGUCCCCAGGGUCCCAUCCCGGGGGAUCCCCACUCCCAGGGGACAAGAGGAGGGACAAGGCACCCAACACCUGCCAGGAAUGCGGGAAGAGCUUCCGUCAACGCUCAGCUUUGGUGGACCACCAUCGGAUCCACACGGGCGAACGCCCCUUCAGCUGCCAGGACUGCGGACGCCGCUUCAACCAUCGCUCCAGCCUCACCACCCACCGCCGCAUCCACGCCAGCGACAAGCCCUACGAGUGUCCCGACUGCGGGAAGAGCUACCGCAUCAGCAACAACCUCCGUCGCCAUCGGAAGACACACACGGACGAACGCCCUUACCGCUGCGAGGAAUGUGGGAAGAGCUUCAGGCACAGAUCCACCUUGACCAUCCAUCACCGCGUGCAUUCGGGGGAGAAGCCCUACCAGUGCUCCCAGUGCCCCAAGAGCUUCACCAACAGCUCGGGGCUGGUGCAGCACUGGUGGACCCACACCGGCGAGCGACCCUACGAUUGCUCCCAGUGCGGCCGGUGUUUCCGCAACACCUCCCAGCUGGCGCAGCACUGGCGGACCCACACCGGCGAGAGGCCCUACGAGUGCCCCGAGUGUCACAAGAGCUUCACGAAAAGCUCGGGGCUGGUGCGGCACUGGCAGACCCACACGGGCGAGAGGCCCUACGAUUGCUCCCGGUGCGGGCGGCGUUUUGCCGACAGCUCCCAAUUGGCGCGGCAUCAACGGACCCACGUUGUCUAGGACAGUCGUCCCGACCCAACCCUUGGGAAGAGCUUCGCCAACCGUCCCAGGCUCACCAAGCACCGAUGUGCUCGUACUGGUGUUAAUAAUUAACGCUGCCCUGACUGCGUGGAGGCUUCGACCAUCACUCCAACCACCAGAGGUCCCUCCUGGAGCAGAAACCCUACAUUCGCCUGAUUUGCCCCAAAAACUUCACCUCCAGCACCCAACUCAUCCAGUGUCAGAGGAUCCAUUGCGAGGAGAAGCCGUAGGGUUGCGCCGAGCGCCGGAAGAGCUUUUGGCACAGCUCCGGUUGCGUCUCACGUCACAAAAGCCACCGGACGAAGAUGGGGACAACCCCACCGGGGACUAUCCCCAUCCUGGUGGCAUCUCAGACUGAUCUACACAUGAUGGUGGUCCUUGGUGCUAACACCGAGGGGUGACCAACCCAUCCACAUGCAUCCCACCAGCUAUUCUUUUUCUUUCCCGAUAUGUUUUUAUAUGGAAUGUGGGUUUUGGGGGACGAUCUUAUCAAAAGCCGGCCCCAUCCUCUGGUUUUCUUGCCUUAGAUUCGAGAUGAGGCGAAGGGAGGGAGGGGAGACCCAUGAGCUGCACCCAAGAUAAAAGAAAUGACGGUCAAAUGGGGUGUUUCUCGAUAUCUCCCUUCAAUUUCUUGAUGUUUUCAACCCUCUUUAGUGAUUUUUUAAGGGAUGGAGCUGGAUCGAAAGAAAAUUCUGGCCAAAA